GACUGCCACUAAACCAGAAAAAGAAGAAGAAGAAUAUUAGCCGCAUUGCUAGCUAACGACUGGUGGACUGCUCCUCUCUGACUUUAAGAGCUCCCGUAGUUUAGCUCCUUCCGUGUUCUCUGCUGAUUAAAGAUGACUGAGGACAACGUGAAACUCUCCAAGAACCUUUUACGCAUGAAGUUCAUGCAAAGGGGUCUGGACGAUGAGAUGAAGAAGCAGCUGGAGGAAGAUGAGAAGAGGAUCAUCAGUGAUGAGCAUUGGUACCUCGACCUGCCGGAGCUCAAAGCCAAAGAGAACUUCAUCAUCGAGGAAAAGAGUUUUGUUCCCUGUGAAGGACUCAAGUUUGGUCGCAUCUCCUUCAAAGGGUUUAAUCCAGAAGUAGAGAGACUGAUGCUGUCAAUGAAUCCACAAGAGGAAGAGGAGGCGGAGGAGGAGGAGGAGGAGACGAGCCGGAUGCCAGCGGACGUCACAGACGAGGAGAUGGCGCUCAGGUACGAGAGUCUGGUGAGCAGCAUGAAGAAGAAGUUCAGUACGAAGCGACAGAGAGCCCAAGAAGACCAGACCAGCACCAAGAGGGUCUUCAUGAAGCCUCACGACUGACGGCGCUUUGGAUUUCGAUUGUUACCCACGCUGCUGGGGGUCAGAGGUCAGCAUGCCAGUUGGAUGUUAUACAUCUGUUUUUUUAAUAUGUAAUUAAACACGUGGCGCCAUG